CUUGAAUUUGCCUUUUGGAAACUAUAUAUAAACCCCACUUCUUACAUAUACAUACAUGCAUAUAUAGAGAGAGGGAGAAAAAAGAAGAGAGAGAAAGAGUUUGAUUAUUAGUGUGUUGUAUCAAUGGCAGGCACUUGCAUUAGGGUAAUGGUGGUGAUAUUGUGCUUGUAUUUCCAUAUGAGCUUGAAUGGAGCCAUCCCAUUUACAAGAAGUUCUAAUCUUGUCCAGAAAAUUCAGAAUGGUCAGGUUGCAGAAGGAUCCCUCUUGGAAAACCCUAAUUUGGUGAUGAGAAGAAUGGAGAUAGAGGUGAACGACUAUCCGGGAUCGGGGGCGAACAAUCGACACACACCAAGGCCUCAACUGGGAAGAGGAGGUUGCAGUGACUGCUGAAAUAAAAAAGUUAAAUGUUGGUAAUAUAUAGAUAGUUAGAAAUAUUUGAUGUUAUUAUAGAUGUGUUGUCUAGUUUUCUCAAAGAGAAAAUGUAGACAUGGUUGUUUAUUUCAGUAGGAAAAUUAUAUUAGAGGGAUCAGAUGUAACGUUAUGGGAUCUGGACCUUAGUUGAUUAGGUGACUGGAUGAGAUAGUUUGGAUAUUAAUUGUUCUAAAUAUUUUUCUUAAA